CAAAGUGGCUCUGAGAACAAUUGCCUGUUGAUGGCAACUAUGCGGCUCACCCUGUUCUGCACUGUGUGUCUGCUGCCAGGCUGCCUGGCCCUGCCACUGUCCCAGGAAGCUGGAGAUGUGAGCGCACAUCAGUGGGAACAGGCUCAGAAUUAUCUUAGGAAAUUUUACCUUCAUGACUCUAAAACAAAGAAGGCCACCAGUCUAGUGGACAAACUCAAGGAAAUGCAGAAGUUCUUUGGCCUGCCCAUGACUGGAAAGCUAUCCCCCCGCAUCAUGGAAAUAAUGCAGAAACCUAGGUGUGGAGUGCCAGACGUUGCAGAAUACUCACUAAUGCCAAACAGCCCAAAAUGGCAUUCCAGAAUCGUCACCUACAGAAUCGUAUCCUAUACUUCAGACUUACCGCGAUUUUUAGUGGAUCAAAUCGUGAAAAAAGCUCUCAGAAUGUGGAGUAUGCAGAUCCCACUGAACUUCAAGAGGGUUAGUUGGGGGACUGCGGACAUCGUAAUUGGCUUCGCAAGAGGAG